AUAUCAUUCAUCAUUGCAACCUAAAAAAACUUUUUCAUUCUCCAACAAAGGGAACCACUUCAUCGUGUGAAACCCUUACCAUUCUUGUUAAGCGUCCGAGGCGGAAAAACGGAGCAACCGGCGCAACGACAACGAAUGGCGUCCUCGUCCAGACAAAGGAAUGUAAGUAUGAACCCAGUCAAACCAGAGCCUGUUGACGUAAUAUGGUUAAGUUCAGAUGACGAAGGUGAUAAUGUUUAUCAGAGGUCUCAGAGGUUUGAGAGGAGGGUUGCUAAUAGGGAUGCUAAUAGGGUUGCUAAUAGUGUUGCUAACAAUGUUGCUCAAAGGACUGCUAACAAUGUUGCUCAAAGGACUGCUAACAAUGUUGCUAACAAUGCUGGUAAGAGGAGGGUGGAUAACAAUGUUGCUCAAAGAGUGAUUAAGGACAGGAAUGAAAUCUGUGAAUGGAUAACACAAGUUACACCAGCUAUGCAGAAUUUGAAGAGGAAACAAACACUGCACAUUCCUGCGUGGGUUGUGAAGCGUGCUCUAAAAGACAAGUGCGACAUUUACUUGCGAUCUGCAGAGACGAAACGUACAUAUGACUGUGCUAUUUUGGAUCCGGGACGCUCGUCGCAGAGAUACAUUGGAGAUGGUUGGUAUGACUUUGUUGAAGUGCACAGGCCUAAAGUUGGUGACGUCCUCCACUUUUCUCUGAAACCACCUUAUAACUUAAUGGUUGUUUCAUUGAUGCGCCAGAAGCCUCGCACCCGCUGAAUUGAUGCCCAGAUGGAUCAAUGUUUGAUAUCCUCGUCCAAACUGUUUGCUACUGUUUAAUUAGCUCUUGUUAAGUACUUAUGUUUGUUUUAAGUAGUUGUUGAACUUUUUAAUUGUAAAAAUGCUACUUUUAUCAGUAGCCAGA